AUGUACGGUGCGAUUGAAUCACGUUUCGCAGAUGCGGUCAAGUCUGGAAACUUAAUCUUUACUCAAACAACCCAGAUUCCGGCCAAGUACAAUGGUGUAGACGUCAUCUACACGCUUGCUCCGGCGUUGGCCAAAAAGCCAGGUAAGGCCGAGGUCGAGAAGAACAGCUCCGACCCAGCCCAAAAAAGCCCUUGGCUGCCUCCCCAGGAAGAUCUGAUCAUUGAAAAGCAGGAAAAAUACACUGUGGUUCUCAACAAAUUCGCCGUGGCAAAGUACCAUUUCCUGCUGGUGACCAACGAGUUCGAAAAGCAGACAAAGCCGUUAUCGCCAGGUGACCUCAGAGCUGCCUUUGAUUUGUUGAAAAAGGCCAACUCCGAGAGCGGCAAACGCCAUAUUGGAUUUUACAAUAGUGGCACCAAUUCCGGCGCGUCCAUCCCUCACCGCCAUGUCCAGUUUUUGACCCUCCCCGACUCAUUUGUGCCCUUCCCGGAUCAAACCCCACGUGCCCGCAAGGCCAACAUGCCCGCAUCAGACACCCGAGUGCCAUUCGCUCACUUCAUUGCCCAUCUAGACAACACAGACGACGAGGAGCUGUUGGCCGACAAGUACAUGCUCGCCUUGAGCCGAGCAAUCACAACCUGUGCUCGCCAUCAAGUGCCGCUGAGCUACAACCUUGUUUUCACAGAGCAGUGGAUGAUGGCUACCCCCCGCUUCCAAGACAAAGUCAACGAUAUUAGCAUCAACUCGCUUGGAACCAUCGGUCUCAUUCUAGCAAAAUCAGACGAGCAGCUCAAGUAUGUCGAAAAACAUGGACUCGGUCUACUCGAAGAAUUGGGAUUCGCAAACGUUCCGGAGCCUGAGGGAGCCACUGAAAUUGAUGAUGGGUAUAUCAAAUAUUAA